AUUUCCUUCUUUCCAAUUCGUAGCGCUGGGUCAGAUGCUUGCAACAAUCCUGGUAUUAUUUAUUGCCAAGAGAUUAAAAGCUGUGGAUUUUCCCAGCUUAUCACUUGAUGUUGUCAAUAAAAUUUGGCCGCUUCCUCUCAUAUAUGUCGGAAAUCUAAUAUUUGGUCUCGGAGGAACCAAAAGACUCAGUUUGCCGAUGUUUACAGUACUGAGAAGAUUUUCAAUUCUCUUUACGAUGAUUGGUGAAAAAUUUUUAUUGGGGGUCAACCCACCAUUGAGUAUACAGCUCACUGUCUAUACAAUGAUCUUGGGGUCGAUAAUUGCUGCAUUAAAUGAUCUUUCCUUUGAUGCUGUGGGUUACUUUUUUGUCCUCACCAAUGAUCUGUUCACGGCUGGUAAUGGUGUAUACGUCAAGAAGAAACUGGAGAGUAAGGAGCUGGGGAAGUACGGCCUUCUCUUCUACAAUUCCCUUUUCAUGCUCCCAUUUGCCGCAAUUUUCUGUUGGUUUAAUGGAGAUUUAGAUAAGGCACUGGCUUAUGAUGGCUGGAGUGAUGUACUGUUUAUAAUGCAGUUCAUUAUGUCCUGUAUUAUGGGAUUCAUUCUUAUGUACUCUGUGAUGCUGUGUACACAAUUCAACUCUGCCCUCACCACAACCAUCAUUGGCUGUCUGAAGAACAUUUUUGUAACCUACCUUGGGAUGAUUAUUGGCGGAGAUUAUGUCUUCUCCAUGUAUAACUUCCUGGGCCUAAACAUCAGUGCACUGUCCAGUAUAGUGUACACUCUACUAAUCUUCAGCCAGAGAACUAGUAAGAACUGCUCAACUAUAAUCUAAUGUGAUAAUUGUUGGUGGUAGUAUAGUGUACUCCUGGAUAACAUUCAGACAAAAAGAGACCCCAAAAUCAGAGGAGAAGUCUUUAACAACUACCAUUGUGUAGCUGUACUAUCG